AUGUCUAACAGUAACACUACUCAAGAGACCCUGGAAAUAAUGAAAGAAUCAGAAAAAAAACUGGUGGAAGAAUCUGUAAACAAAAACAAGUUUGUAUCUAAGACUCCAAGUAAGGAAGAAACUGAGAAAGAGAGUGAAGAUACUAGUUUGCGUCAGGAGACACAGAGGCGGACAUCCAGCCAUGGUCAUGCCAGGAAAAGAGCCAAGUCUAAUUCCAAGCUGAAGUUGGUGCGCAGCCUGGCAGUGUGUGAGGAGUCCUCUGUCCCUUUUGCUGAUGGGCCACUGGAAACCCAGGAUAUAAUUCAGUUGCACAUCAGCUGCCCCUCUGACAAAGAGGAAGAAAAAUCCACAAAAGAUGUCUCUGAAAAGGAAGACAAGGAGAAAAACAAAGAAAAGGUCCCAAGGAAGAUGCUUUCUAGAGACUCCAGCCAAGAAUAUACAGACUCCACUGGAAUAGACCUACAUGAAUUUCUUGUAAAUACACUGAAAAAGAACCCAAGGGACAGAAUGAUGCUGCUAAAAUUAGAACAGGAGAUUCUGGAAUUUAUUAAUGACAACAAUAACCAGUUCAAGAAGUUCCCUCAGAUGACCUCAUAUCACCGGAUGCUAUUACACCGGGUAGCUGCCUAUUUUGGGAUGGACCACAAUGUUGAUCAAACUGGAAAAGCUGUCAUCAUCAACAAAACCAGUAACACAAGAAUCCCUGAACAGAGAUUCUCGGAACAUAUAAAGGAUGAGAAGAAUACAGAAUUUCAACAGAGAUUCAUUCUCAAGAGAGAUGAUGCCAGCAUGGACCGAGAUGAUAACCAGAUCAGAGUUCCAUUGCAGGAUGGAAGGAGGAGCAAGUCAAUAGAAGAGAGAGAGGAGGAAUAUCAAAGGGUCCGAGAGAGAAUAUUUGCCCGAGAGACUGGCCAGAACGGAUAUCUAAAUGACAUCAGACUCUCCAAAGAAGCCUUUUCUUCUAGCUCUCACAAGAGAAGGCAGAUUUUUAGGGGGAACCGUGAGGGGCUGAGCCGAACCUCAAGCAGCCGCCAAAGCAGCACAGACAGCGAACUCAAAUCCCUGGAGCCACGGCCUUGGAGCAGCACAGACUCUGAUGGCUCUGUCCGGAGCAUGCGGCCCCCUGUCACCAAAGCCAGCAGCUUCAGUGGAAUCUCUAUCCUCACCCGAGGGGACAGCAUCGGGAGCAGUAAAGGUGGCAGUGCAGGAAGGAUCUCCAGGCCAGGUUUGGCGCUAGGUGCCCCAGAAGUGUGCAACCAGGUCACCUCAUCCCAGUCUGUCCGGGGCCUUCUCCCUUGUACUGCCCAGCAGCAGCCGCCACAGCCACAGCCGCAGCAACUUCCUGCGCUCCCACCCACGCCUCAGCAACAGCCACCCUUGAAUAAUCACAUGAUCUCACAGCCAGUCCCAGCUCUGCAGCCCUCUCCGCAGCCUGUUCAGUUCUCUCCAGGCUCCUGUCCCCAAGUCCUUCUGCCAGUCUCUCCGCCCCAGCAGUACAACAUGGCAGAUGACCUCAGCAACCCCUUUGGACAAAUGAGCCUUAGCCGUCAAGGUUCUACUGAAGCAGCUGACCCAUCCUCAGCUCUGUUCCAGCCCCAGCUUAUCUCCCAGCACCCUCAGCAGACUAGCUUCAUCAUGGCUUCUACAGGACAGCCCCUCCCCACGUCCAACUAUUCCCCCUCUAGCCAUGCGCCUCCUACUCAGCAAGUCCUGCCGCCCCAGGGCUACAUGCAGCCCCCUCAACAGAUCCAGGUUUCUUAUUAUCCCCCUGGACAGUAUCCUAACUCCAACCAGCAAUAUCGACCUCUCUCUCACCCGGUGGCCUACAGCCCCCAACGUGGUCAACAGCUGCCUCAGCCAUCCCAGCAGCCUGGUUUACAGCCCAUGAUGCCUAACCAGCAGCAGGCGGCUUACCAAGGCAUGAUUGGGGUCCAGCAGCCACAGAACCAGGGCCUGCUCAGCAACCAGAGGAGCAGCAUGGGGGGCCAGAUGCAAGGCCUGGUGGUUCAGUACACUCCACUGCCUUCUUACCAAGUCCCAGUGGGUAAUGACUCGCAGAAUGUGGUCCAGCCGCCUUUCCAGCAGCCCAUGCUGGUCCCUGCGAGCCAAUCUGUGCAAGGGGCACUCCCAGCAGGGGGCGUACCAGUGUACUACAGCAUGAUCCCACCGGCUCAGCAGAACGGUACUAGCCCUUCUGUAGGGUUUCUGCAGCCUCCCGGCUCUGAGCAGUACCAGAUGCCUCAGUCUCCCUCUCCCUGCAGUCCACCACAGAUGCCACAGCAGUACUCAGGAGUGUCACCUUCUGGACCAGGCGUGGUGGUCAUGCAGCUGAACGUCCCUAAUGGACCCCAGCCCCCCCAGAACCCAUCCAUGGUCCAGUGGAGUCACUGUAAAUAUUACAGCAUGGACCAGCGUGGGCAGAAGCCUGGAGACCUGUACAAUCCUGACAGCAGCCCCCAGGCCAACACACAAAUGAGCAGCAGCCCUGUCACAUCUCCUACCCAGUCUCCAGCACCCUCUCCUGUCACCAGCCUCAGCAGUGUCUGCACAGGACUCAGUCCCCUUCCUGUCCUCACACAGUUCCCCCGGCCUGGGGGUCCAGCACAGGGUGAUGGGCGCUACUCCCUCUUGGGCCAGCCAUUACAGUACAAUCUGUCCAUCUGCCCUCCCUUGCUCCAUGGCCAGUCGACGUACACGGUACAUCAGGGACAGAGUGGAUUGAAGCAUGGAAACCGGAGCAAGAGACAAGCACUCAAAUCUGCCUCCACUGACCUGGGGACAACAGACGUUGUCCUGGGCCGGGUGCUGGAGGUGACAGAUCUCCCUGAGGGCAUCACUCGGACUGAGGCGGACAAACUCUUCACUCAGCUUGCCAUGUCUGGCGCCAAGAUCCAGUGGCUCAAGGAUGCUCAGGGGCUGCCUGGCGGGGGCGGGGGGGACAACGGUGGGACUGCUGAGAAUGGCCGCCACGCGGACCUCGCUGCCUUGUACACCAUCGUGGCUGUGUUUCCCAGCCCCCUGGCUGCCCAGAAUGCCUCCCUUCGCCUCAACAACUCCGUGAGUCGCUUCAAACUUCGAGUGGCCAAAAAGAACUAUGACCUGAGGAUCCUGGAGCGAGCCAGCUCCCAAUAA